AUGACGAUCGCUCCAAUUCAACUCGACACAUACAAGUUGGGAUUCAUCGGUGCAGGGAAAAUGGCUGAGAGCAUUGCGAGAGGAGUAGUGCAGUCAGGUGUCCUCCACCCUUCCCGCAUUUCUACUGCCCACUCGAAUCCUGUUCGCCGCUCUGCCUUUGAGUCGUUUGGUGUUAAAGUUUUCUCUCAGAACCAACAAGUGGUUGAAGAUAGUGAUGUGGUGAUUUUUUCUGUGAAGCCCCAAGUUGUUAAGGAUGUGGUGUUGCAGUUGCAGCCCCUGCUAUCGAAGAAAAAACUAUUGGUCUCAGUUGCUGCUGGUGUCAAAUUAAAAGAUUUGCAGACAUGGGCAGGAAGUGAAAGAUUUGUUAGGGUGAUGCCUAACACUCCUGCUGCAGUGGGAGAGGCAGCAACAGUAAUGAGUUUGGGUGGAGCUGCGACUGAGGCAGAUGGGGAACUGAUAUCCAAGUUAUUUGGAUCUGUUGGCAAGAUAUGGAAAGCUGAUGAGAAGCUAUUCGAUGCAAUUACAGGGCUGAGUGGUAGUGGACCGGCAUACGUGUACAUAGCAAUAGAAGCUUUGGCUGAUGGAGGGGUAGCUGCUGGCUUGCCACGAGAGCUUGCACUCGGUCUAGCAUCUCAAACUGUGUUGGGGGCAGCAAGUAUGGUGUGUCAAAGUGGGAAGCAUCCAGGGCAGCUGAAGGACGAAGUGGCGUCACCAGGAGGAACUACCAUUGCGGGGAUACAUGAGCUGGAGAAGGAUGGAUUCAGGGGUUUGCUUAUAAAUGCUGUUGUUGCUGCUGCUAAGCGCAGCCGAGAAUUCUCCAACUAG